AUGGCAGAAGCAAUUAUAGAGAAGUUAGAUGUUCUAAAUGAGCAAGCAAAGAUACUCUUGGACAGAAGAAGAAAGAAAAACAGUCUUCAGAGUUGCAUAAAGAAACAGACUUUCAUUACACCCCUGACAUUUGAUUUCAAGUUGGAAUUUGAAGAGGAUAUUAUUGCUACAUCUGCACAUCUGACAGUAUCAAAGAGCAGAGAAGACAAGUCACAUGCUAUUGAAAAACCUAAGAGGUAUGGUUCCUUCAAAAAUGAGUCUGAACCUAAAAAGAGUGACUUUGAAAAGUUAAAUUUAAGACCACGUUGUAUGCCAACAAAGAUACAAAAUAAAGAAAACAAGUCAAUAGCUCAAACUGAAGAAAAACCCAAGGAAUCAUUUGAUUUGGUUAGUCACUUAGAAGAUUAUGUAAAUAAAAGAAAAUCUCCUCCACAGAUGAAUGAUUUUCGUAGAAAAGAGAAUAAAUCUGUCAGAAAUGAUCAAUUAAGUGAGUAUUGUUCAGAAGAAAAGAAAGGCUUGCUUUCCUUAUGCUUUGAGGAUGAACUGAAAAACCCAAAUGCCAAGAUAAUCAACAUUAGUCCAGUGAAGACCGAAACUUCUCACAUGGAACAAAAUGACACAAAUCCCAUAAUUUUCCGUGAGACUGACCAUGUACAAAAGUUACUUUUGAGGAAAAGUAGGAUUCCUUCCCAACCUAUGGAAAAGAGAAACAUUUACCCACAUAAAAGAACAAAUUUUGUUUUAGAAAGAAAUUAUGAAAUUCUCAAAUCUUUAAAUAAUAAUCAACUUAUUACUUCUUCCAAACCUAAAAGAACUGUGCGUACAGCAUGGAGGAAAGGUAUACAAGCGGUAUCUUUUGCAGUGCGUCAUAGAGUUCUAGAGGAUAAACCAAAGCAACAAACUACUAUGCAGACACCUGAAAACAUAUCUUGGAAUAAACUCUGGAACUUCUCAGAGCCUUUGUCUAGCCUAACAAAAAAAGUUGUAGCUUUCCUUGGUAAAACUGUCAUUCAAGAAACGAGUACUAAAACUGGCAAAUUUGAAAGAAGGUUGUCUACAGUAAAAAAACCAAUGACCAAAUUCAGUGCUCCACCUGUCAAAUAUCCUUUAAUGCCUUUAAAAAAGGUACUUAAAGUCCAUAAAUUACGUGAUGUAACUCCACUGGAUGAUUUGUUAAAGUUUUCAAGUGAAAAUUAA